AAAAUCCCACUCAGGCAGGCAGAAGUCCUGAAGGCUGACAUGACAGAUUCGAAGCUGGGUCCAGCAGAAGUCUGGACGUCCAGGCAGGCUCUACAGGACUUAUAUCAGAAAAUGCUAGUGACCGAUUUGGAAUAUGCUUUAGAUAAAAAAGUGGAGCAGGACCUUUGGAAUCAUGCCUUUAAAAAUCAGAUCACAACACUACAGGGUCAGGCGAAAAACAGAGCAAAUCCAAAUCGGAGCGAAGUUCAGGCGAACCUUUCUCUGUUCUUAGAGGCAGCUAGUGGCUUCUACACACAGUUAUUACAGGAAUUGUGCACAGUUUUUAAUGUAGACUUGCCAUGUCGUGUAAAGUCUUCCCAGCUGGGAAUCAUUAGCAAUAAACAGACGCACACCAGCGCCAUAGUGAAGCCGCAGUCUAGCUCCUGCUCUUACAUCUGCCAGCACUGCCUUGUCCACCUUGGAGAUAUUGCUCGCUAUAGGAAUCAGACCAGCCAGGCAGAGUCUUACUACAGACAUGCAGCUCAGCUUGUCCCUUCCAAUGGUCAGCCUUAUAAUCAGUUGGCUAUUCUAGCUUCCUCCAAAGGAGACCACUUGACCACAAUUUUCUACUACUGCAGAAGCAUUGCUGUGAAGUUUCCUUUCCCAGCUGCCUCCACUAACCUACAAAAAGCACUUUCUAAAGCACUGGAAAGUCGUGAUGAGGUGAAGACUCGAUGGAGCGUGUCUGACUUCAUCAAGGCAUUUAUUAAAUUCCAUGGCCAUGUGUACCUGAGUAAGAGCUUGGAGAAGCUGAGCCCUCUUCGAGAAAAGCUGGAAGAACAGUUCAAGAGGUUGUUAUUCCAAAAGGCCUUCAAUUCUCAGCAGUUAGUACAUAUUACUGUCAUCAAUCUGUUUCAACUACAUCACCUGCGAGACUUCAGCAACGAAACGGAGCAACACAGCUACAGCCAGGAUGAGCAGCUCUGCUGGACACAGUUACUAGCUCUCUUCAUGUCCUUUCUUGGAGUUCUGUGCAAGUGUCCUUUACAAAAUGACUACCAGGAGGACUCUGGGGCCGCAUAUCCUCUUCCGGCUGUGAAGGUUUCAAUGGACUGGCUGAAGCUAAGGCCCAGUGUUUUCCAGGAGGCAGUGGUCGAUGAAAGACGGUACAUAUGGCCCUGGCUGAUUUCUCUUCUGAACAGCUUCCAGCCUCAUGAAGAAGACCUGUCCAGUAAUAAUGCAACCCCCCUUCCAGAAGAAUUUGAGUUGCAAGGAUUCUUGGCGCUGAGGCCCUCGUUCAGGAACUUGGAUUUUUCCAAAGGCCACCAGGCAAUUACAGGAGAUAAGGAAGGGCAGCAACGCCGGAUACGGCAACAGCGUCUGAUCUUCACAGGCAAAUGGAUUGCUGAUAACCAGCCAAGGUUGAUUCAGUGUGAAAACGAGGUAGGAAAGCUGUUGUUUUUGACGGAAAUCCCGGAAUUACUACUAGAAGACCCUAGUGAAGCCAAAGAGAGCCUGGCCUUGCAGGAAACGUCUAUCGCAGAGCCGCUAUCUACAGAUGGGAGCCCUGGACUCAAAUCAGUUCUGUCCUCUGGCAGAAGCCUGAACAACAACUGUGAUGCAGGAGAAAAACCGAUGGUCACGUUCAAAGAGAACAUCAAGCCACGGGAAAUUAACAGAGAGCAAGGGCGAGUCUAUCCCCCUAAAGAAGUAGGCAGGGAAAGACGGGACUGUAGCAAAGGAAUAGUAGCCAGCAAGAAUGAUGCAAAGAAGGAUAACAAUAAAAGAAAGAACGAGACCAAGAAAUGCGGCUUGGAAAAGAUGCAGGAAGCAGGAAAGCAGAACGUGGCAGUUCAGGUGAAAUCCCAGACGGAGAUGAGGAAGACUCCGGUGUCUGAAGCCAGGAAAACACCUGUAACUCAGACUCCAAGUCAGGCCAGCAGUUCUCAGUUCAUCCCCAUUCAUCACCCAGGAGCCUUCCCGCCCCUUCCUAGCCGGCCAGGGUUUCCACCUCCAACCUAUGUUGUCCCCCCUCCUGUGGCUUUCUCCAUGAGCACAGGGUACACCUUCCCAGGUGGUGUUUCCGUCCCAGGAACCUUCCUCCAGCCCACAGCUCACUCGCCUGCAGGAAACCAGGUGCAAGGUGGGAAACAGUCCCACAUUCCUUACAGCCAGCAACGGCCCUCCGGACCAGGGCCAAUGACCCAGGGACCUCAGCAGACACCACCUCCUUCCCAACAACCCCUCUCAUCUCUACCAGCUCAGGCAACAGCACAGUCCGCAAGCCAGUUACAGGUCCAAGCUCUGGCCCAGCAACAGCAGCAACAGUCCCCUACAAAAGCUGUGCAGGGCCUGGGGAAGAGCCCGCCACACCACUCUGGAUUCCAGCAGUAUCCACAGACAGACUCAUCAAAGCAGCUCUGGAACCCGCCUCAAGUCCAAGGCUCACUGGGGAAGAUCAUGCCCGUAAAGCAGCCCUAUUACCUGCAGGCCCAGGACCCUCUAAAACUCUUUGAACAGUCAUUACAGCCUCCCGUGAUGCAACAGCAACCUCUGGAGAAAAAAAUGAAGCCUUUCCCAAUGGAGCCAUAUAACCAGAACCCCUCAGAAGUCAAGGUGCCAGAAUACUACUGGGACUCUUCCUAUGGCAUGGCUGACAACAGGGUGAUGGCACAGCAGUCGAACAUGGACCGCAGGGGAAAACGGCAAGGAGUCUUCCGCCCAGAGCAGGAUGCUGUCUCCAGGAUGACCUUUGAGGACCCCAAGAGCUCCCCUCUGCUUCCUCCGGACCUGUUAAAGAGUCUGGCUGCCUUGGAGGAGGAGGAAGAGCUGAUUUUCUCUAAUCCUCCUGAUCUUUACCCAGCUCUGCUGGGGCCUCUCGCCUCUCUUCCUGGACGAAGCCUCUUUAAGUCCCUGCUGGAAAAACCAUCAGAACUGAUGUCUCAGUCGUCAUCUUUCCUGUCCCUCAGUGGCUUUUCUCUUAAUCAGGAAAGAUAUCCAAACAACAGCAUGUUCAAUGAGGUGUAUGGGAAAAACAUGAAUACCAGCACAAAACCAGAAGUCACCCCUUCAGUUGCCCAUCAGGAGACUUCACUAUAUUCUCUCUUUGAAGGGACUCCGUGGUCUCCAUCGCUUCCAGCCAGCUCAGAUCAUUCGACACCAGCCAGCCAGUCUCCUCACUCCUCCAACCCCAGCAGCUUGCCAAGCUCCCCUCCAACCCAUAACCACAAUUCCGUUCCCUUCUCCAACUUCGGACCCAUUGGGACUCCAGACAACAGAGACAGGAGAGUUGCGGACCGCUGGAAAACAGAUAAGCCAGCAAUGGGGGGGUUCGGUCUGGACUAUCUCCCAGCGACGUCGUCGUCUUCGGAGAGCAGCUGGCACCAGUCCAGUGCUCCCAGUGGCACCUGGGCAGCCCAAGGCCCCGCUGCUAUGGAGGACUCCUCAGCUGUGCUUAUGGAGAGCCUGAAGUCCAUCUGGUCCAGUUCCAUGAUGCACCCUGGACCCUCAGCCCUGGAGCAGCUGUUGAUGCAGCAGAAGCAGAAGCAACAGCGCGGACAAGGCACCAUGAACCCGCCGCAUUGAGGAAGAGGUGGCGACCCUUGCAAGCGAAGGCUCCAUAAACCAUGGCAUGUUGGGUUUGCAGGACUGGCCCACACAGUCCUGUGCAGGUGGCAGCCCUCUCUUCUGUUCCUUGCUGUCAGGAGGGCGUAAGUGCUCCACCAACCCACUGAGUGUGCACAAAACGUCUGCAGUGCGAGAAAACGACAUCAGGAACUCUCCCAUCCCUGGGCCCUCAGGAGGGAGAGAGGAACUGCUGCUUGUCUCACUCGGUAACCCGGUAUCACCGCUGCUCACCUUCUCCAUCGUGCAUGUCCCCAGCCACAUGGGAAGUAAAAGCUGAGAAGGAAGGGCAGAUGGGAGAAGCCAAUGAGAACUUCUCGAUCCUUUUCCUCUCGUUGGGGAGAUUAAAAAUAGGAAUCCAUUAAUGAUUGCUUUGCUGACUGAGAAUGUAGUCGAAAUUACUCCUAAACAUCUUUAUUACUAUCUCAGUAGUAAGAUCACACUGAAUUCUUCCGUACACAGACGUGCUUCGUAGUCAGUGUGUAGCAAUGACAGCCCCCGUUGCUGCUCCGGUCAGAGGUGGCUGGUGGCGAGGUGGGACUCUGUCUCCUGCGCUAGCGAAGGAGCUUCAUGAAGGAGAGUCUGGCACUUGGCACCACUUCACCUUGCACCCGAAGGCUUUGGCCGGCCGCGGGUGGGUUGGAGACUCCAGCAUGAAAUGCCCUCCUCUCGGUAGGCGUUUGAGCUGUCGUGGGUGAUGUGGGGCAUCACAGCACUCUGCUGGACAAGCAAGUUAACUGCUACGGGGUUUUAAAUUAA